UCUGGGUGUCAGACAGUUGACAGACAGACGGACAUACAAAUAGACAGAGAAAGCUAGUUGCCUGAAGACUUUCCGAUGAUAGAGCAAUGGGAAAUUUAUUGGAAUUUCACAAAACUCUAUCUUAUUUGUAAUAUUGAUACCUCAAGAAAUUGAUGAAGUGCAGUGUUUGACCGAAAUAUUUGAGAUGGACAUUUUUACAUUUUUUGCAUUAUCUGAACAUGAAACAGAUAUUUGUUUUCAGAUUUUAGGGGAACUGUUGGAAAAUUGAUAAUUUGAUUUGCCUGUGUUGACUGAGCAAUGGUUUGUGUUUAACAAAGCAGUCUGAACGUUUUGAAACGUGAGGCAGGAUAUUUUUGUCACCGAUAUAUGCCCAAACUGAGAAAACUGGCAUCAAGUAAUUCUUUGUUCACAAGGAAAAAGUGGAAUAAUUUUGUUUUUCAGAAUCAAGAUAAAGUAAAUUCGACCCUGGAUUUCAAUAAACUGACGUAGACAUGUUUGUGAGGGAGGUGUACCUGGUAUACCAUGUGUGUACCUAGCUGAGACGCACAGCAUAUGUAGAGCAUGGACUCCCUGUGAGAGGGUGACUACAUCUCUGAGUGAUUAUCAUGAAACUAACUUGACUAUAUGUAGCUGAGGAUGGUGAUUAUGGUUUAAGGAGAUAAAUUAUGAAAUAUCUGAUUGAUGACCCAUGUUCGAAGGGAGGACACAGCAGUGAAGUGUCAUGUAACAGCCUAGUGCUUCGACUCAGUGUUGCAAGGCUCUGUGUUGCAUGUGGAUAGCAGAUAUGUCACUAGACAAGGAAGUUCCUUCAAAUACAAGUUGUGCAGGUUUUCCUCUAGGUGUGUGUGUGUUUGUUUAAAACAAUGAACAAGUCAAUCAUCCAGAAACAACACUGAGAACAAGUCGAGGUUACUUGCUGGAGGUCUGAGGUGCAAAGGCCUAGAUUGAUAUGGUAGUUUGUCGAGGUGUCAUCCGCAGCAGGGAGACACAAGGGACUUUGUUGUUAUUUAAUGAUGGUUGUAAGAUAUGCAGCAUUCAACGAUUGACUGAGUUCACCAAUUCUCCUUCACAACGCAGACCACAGAUGACUUGCAGGACAUUAAAGCUGUUCACUGUCGUGAUUAUUUACAAUAAGCCGAGCUCGUGCUGAACAGAAUCGUGCACACCAGGAGGGACAGCGCGGCAAGCUUGAGUGAACGUUAGGUGUUUGAAAUUCUAGGGCGUGGUGACAUAGAUGUAUUUGUGAAGUUCAAUCCUCUCUACAUGCUAUAUGUCAUGUGGGGGGAGGGCAUUAUGGGUAAUUAGAUCUUACGUUACUUGAGCAUACAUGACAGGUGAUAGGGAGAUGUGAUAAGGUGUUUAUCAUGCUUUGAGGGAUGGAUAUGACCGCUUAAGCAGAGUGAAGGCGUUAAAACGUCCAAUGUUUACAGUGUCAGAUUACGAGAGAUUGGGCCACCCCUGGGAUGUGAGAUGUAAAACUGAUUGUGUCAUGGCACAGUGCAUCAUGGACGUCAUGGAUGAAGAUAUGUAAUAGAUGGGAAUGUUAUGGAGCUUUGAGAAGAUUGAUGGUAAUUAACGCUGGAGCAGGAACGAUACAAGCGGUGGUUGGUUCUGUUUGUGACAAUGGCAGGGAGUAUAGUACUACUACCCUGUUUGAUAAUGAUAAAGUUCCUCUUUGGGUGGAAACGGAAUUUAGUGGAAAAAUGUGAUUGAUUUUCGACUUAUAAAAUUCUUGGAGUAUUCGGUGAGGAGUUGAUUUUAGUAUUGGUUAUUGUAGGUUAAUAUAGUAAGAUGUUACACGAUGUAAAUUGUGGAGAAGAAUACUGAUGAUGUUGUGAUAAGGGGAUGAUACGGAGGACUAUUUCUGGAGGUGUUGUCCGUGGUCAGCUUCCCCGCCUGUUUCCUGUGUCUUAAUAUACACAUGACUGUCACAGAUACAUACGUGACUGUCAUCUCAAAAUGUUCUGUCAUCAUAACUCUGUAUAUCCUGUAGGUAAAAGCCCCACUGAUGAGAACGUCACUUUUUGAUUUGUUCCCCAUGUCAUAGUGUAACCAGGCAUGAAUACAUCACAUAAUUAAUCAGUGGUAACUCUAACACAAGUUGACAUCUUGGAACAUCUUUUCAAGGAUAGAUUCAUAUUUUUGAUAAGUAAUAUUCCUGUUUGGUGUUGGAGGGAGUGUUCUGUCAGGUAUGGUUAAUGGUGUUCUGGAUUAUGCUGUGCUAGUUCUUGAGGGUCGGCAGUGACAGCUUAUUGAUAUAUCUCCAGUCAUAUCAACCUACAUUCAUACCUAUAUUUACCUGUUACGCCAAGCGUGAUUGAUCACACUUUUGAUGGCAACGUUGACUGUUACGCAUUACUUGAAUUGAAAGGAGUGGAUUAACGGACGUUGUGAAUUACAGGGAAAGUCGGCCUGUGACAGCUGAACAUCAGUGUGUGGUCUCAAUCAUGACUUGAUGUCACCUGUGGAGAACUGAAGGUCAUGUGGAAAUACUGUAACAUUUCAGGGUGAAUCUAUUUGCCCUCGUGUGUGAGAUUUGAAGUUUCUAGGAUAGAAUGGAAUACAUUUGCCCUUGUCUGUGUACUCGUACCCAGCCCAAGCGGGAAGGAACUGAGAAAAAGCUUCUCUCACCUGACCCUAACGAGGAAGCGGGAGAGAUUAGCACAGACUCGUCCUUUGAGAAAGUGUCGUCUAACGAGAGGCGGGGGAGCGUGCCCCUUGUCUCAGCAGCCGGCAUUGACGACGACGUCAUGGACUCCCCUUCAACAUCCUCGCGUCUUGUGAACUUUUUCACCAAGAAAGGAUUUAAAACAAAUCUGAAAAGAACCAAAAGUGUGACGAAACUGGACCGUAAAAGAUCUGGGUCAAACGUCUCAGAAAAUGACACCCACUCAUUAGUGGGCUCCUUGAAGCGCAGUAUGAGCCUCAGUCGACUGAAUCGAAAACGAAAUCGCCCGAAAUCUAUUGAACUUGAGCAGCAUGUGUUCCCGUGUGAGUGUGUUGUCAGAACACCCGAGAAUGAUCAUACAUGGUCUCUGAUUAGCUCCCGGAUACGGACCUCCCGCUCCCAUGAAUCUCUCCUGACCAAUCCCUCCAGUAUGCACUCGAUCGACCUGACCGCGCCGGACCUGGAGAUCAAACCCCUGCACAGCAGUGUCCUCGGACAGGACCACUGCUUCCAAGUGUCCACCAGCCACGGCAGCAAGUACAUCUCCUGCCGCACCGCUGAGGAGAGGGACAAGUGGAUAGAAAGUUUGCGGCGGACGGUACGCCCCAACCAGGAGGAAUGUCGGAGGACCGACAACUCUAUGAAACUCUGGGUGAUAGAAGCAAAAAAUGUCUCUCCGAAAAAGAGGUAUUUCUGUGAGAUUCUGCUGGACAAGACGCUGUAUGCCAGGACGUCCAGUAAACCCAAGAAUGACAUGCUCUUCUGGGGAGAACACUUUGAGUUCAAUAAUCUGCCACCAGUGGAGUUCAUCACUGUCAACUUGUUUCGGGAGGCAGACCGGAAGAAAAAGAAGGAUAAAAAUACUCUAGUCGGUUACAUUAAUAUUCCAGUGACAGAAAUCAGUAACAGACAGUUUGUUGAGAAAUGGUUCACAGCAGCCUCGGGAACUGUCGGGAAGGCAGGCAAGGAAACCAAGAGUGACUUGCCCAUCCUUCGGCUGAAGGCUCGGUACCAGACAGUGCAGAUCUUACCCAUAGAGCUUUACCAGGAUCUAGUCAAGUACCUGACGACGGACUACUGCCAACUGUGUGAGGCAGUGGAACCACUGAUGAACGUUCGGGAGAAGGAAGAUCUCGCCACCACCCUCGUACAUAUCAUGCAGAAGCUCAAUCGAGCCAAAAACUUUCUGUCUGAUGUUGUCAUGGCCGAAAUAGCGCGACUCGACAAUGAACAUCUGACGUUUCGAGGGAACAGUAUUGCGACCAAGGCAAUGGAAGCAUACAUGAAGCUGGUUGGGGAGAAGUACCUACAAGACACUCUGGGAGAGUUUGUGAAGUCGAUCAUCGAGUCCCUGGACGACUGUGAGGUGGACCCAACCAAGGUGCCGAACAACGCGCAGCUGCAGUGUCACCAGAAGAACCUGGACAUGUACAGCCAGAUGGCCUGGGUGAAGAUCAUCAACUCCUACUGCUACUUCCCCAGUGAACUGAAGGAGGUAUUUGCGAGUUUCCGCGAUCGCUGUCGUCAGCGAGGGAAGGAAGACUUCAGCGACAACCUCAUCAGUGCUUCCAUCUUCCUGCGCUUCCUCUGUCCAGCCAUCUUGUCUCCCAGUCUCUUCAAACUCACACAAGAAUAUCCUCAGGAGCGGGCCGCCCGGAACCUCACCCUCAUCGCUAAGACCAUCCAGACUCUUGCCAACUUCACCAAAUUCGGAGGGAAGGAGGAGUUUAUGACGUUCAUGAACAGUUUUGUGGAGAGGGAGGCGACCAAUAUGAAGAACUUCCUCAAGAAGAUAUCAAGUCUGGACGGAGGCAACCAGUUCUUGGAGUAUGACGGCUUCAUCGACCUUGGCAAGGAGCUCUCUAUUAUUUAUACUUUACUCAAGGAGUAUCUUGAUAAGGCGCCGGAGGCUACGAGGUUGAAGUUGAAGCGUCUGGAGGGAUUCCUGGUUGCCAUUACUGAUGCCCUGGAGAAUCCCGAAGUCGGCAAAACCAAGCCCGAGAACAAUCGUAAGAGUCAGGCGUACGACAACAUGAUGAGCACGCCCAGCAGUCAGAUCAACACCUCCCCGACCGAGGUGCUCCGCGACAUGCUCCGACAGUGUGGGGAAAGUGCCGAUGAUCUGCCCAUCUUUGCCAGUCGUAAGGCAGCUCAAAAUGGCGGCACUGACUCCACUAGCAGCAGUGAAGGAGUUCCUAGAAGUAAUGGGAGUUAUACACAUUACAAUACUUACUCCUACUCUCGUUCGUACCGGAGUGCAGUUGCAAAUGUGUCUGUGAGACCACAGAGUGAAAUCAACGAACAGAAAGUUAACGAAUCUUGGAAUCAGAUUGUGAACGCAGCUGAGAAUGUUUCUGCUAACAAUGAAUAUAUAGACUUAAUUCCCUUCAUGGAUGAGGAUCAGCAGAACUCGUCGAUGGAGCUGGAACCGAUUACCCAUGGCAGCCAGAUGUCCAUCAGCCAAAUGUCAACGGUUGCCUCGUCGGGGUAUCAAUCAUUCGGUUACAGCCAAUCCAACUCUCCGGUGGACCCGGCCAAUCAGCCAGAAUAUUGUCGGGAGAUUACAAAAUCGCCCGUCAUCCAUUACCCAAUGCAACCGUUGUCCUUCUCCAACCCUCUGUACAAACACCAACAGAAGUCUAGUCGCGGAUCAACCCCGCCGUCGCUUCGUCAUGUUUCGAGCUCUGACUCCUACAGUAGUGAUGACGAGGCAAGCACGGUGAAGCACAGAAGUCCAGUCAAACUGGAAAGACGUUCACGGUCUAACGACCCAUUACGCAAACUCUCACAACUUUCUAGUUCAACCAGUAAUGAAUCGUUAAGCGACAAGCCGCUAACGAACGGAUCUCAAUCGAGUUCAAGCAAUAACCCUAUAUCGUUCUCUCUCGGCCCUCGAAGCUCUAGUCCCUUGCAAGCGACCAGCAGUCCUCGGCCGGAGAGGUCGUGUUCGUACUAUGACACUAUGCCUCAAGACCGACAGACUGUUCGACCAUAUCAGCUGUCACACAGCAUGGACUUUGGCUGCCUGCAACAGCAGCAGUACAGUGACCAGCUGCGCCGCACAGCAACAGACUCUGUGAUAUCUCAGAACAGUUCCCCAGCUCACUCGUGUAGCUCCGGAUCACUAGGGCACAAUUUUUCUCGAGACGAUACCCUGUCUUGGAGUAGUCGGCGCCUGUCGCCCCAGAGUGCCGUGCACAUGGGCAUCAGCUCUGUCCAGAGGAAGCUACAAGAACAGGAACGCACCAAACAAGAGUUUGAGAGUGAUGUAGCAGUUCUUCGCACACAGCUGCAAGAGGCCCAAGUGCAGCUGCGCGAGGCCGAGGGUCGACUGCAUGACCACGAGGCGGGCACCCGCGACCUCAUCCACGAGUGGCAGCACCGACUUGAGAUGAGCGAGGAGAGGAUGAAGAAACAGCAAGAGGAGAAGGACGGACAGAUGCAGGCCAUUAUAAACAGGUGUGAAAUAGUAGGUUCUUCACAGGAGAAACAUGGGCAGAGACAAGCCAUCAUUAGCAGCAAGUCUCAAAUACUGGUCUCCAUUGAGGAGGAGUUAAAACACGAGCAGCAGCAGAUGCAGAAGAUAGUUACCAAGAAACAGGAAGUGAUUGACGCACAGGAGCGGCGGAUCCACACGCUGGACAGCGCCAACUCAAAACUCCUGCAGGCGUUGAACGACCUCAAGGAACGCUACAACACCACACAGAGUCGAAACGGAAUCUCGGGGCCCCCCAGGGCAAAAAUCACAGCUGCCGAUCUCGGAGGAUUCAAGAGCAGUUCGUGUUAGUUGUGCAAGUUUGUGAUAUUGGUGUUGCUUGUGAACGUAGCCUACGAUCUCCAAGCAGUGGCUUGUCCGAGAUUGACUCAUUAGAGGGACGUGCAGUAUGAAGCUUUUUAUGGAAUUUCGUUGUGGGAUUACCUAUGUAUAAAUGGCACAAGACUUAAUAUGAUAUUCAUCAUACAUAAACAGUGCAUUUGGAAUGCAAGAUACCUGAUUGGGUCUUUCAUAUAUUAGUAGAAAUCCAUUGAAGACUCGCGAUCUGUUCUCGAAGCUAUGAUAUAGCUUUGUGGUAAAUAGUCAAAGUACAUAUAGUGCUAUUGCUCUGAGUGACAAUCUGACAUCGCUGACAAGCCUGCACCGGGAGUGCAGUCCUACUGUUAAUGGCUGAUGGUGUUCCUGAUGGAAUCUUUUAGUGCUAUAUUUAACCAUAUUCUCAUGUUCAGGCCACGGCUUGGACUGGGGAUUUUAUGACUGAUUCAGUCUCUUAAGACUGGUGCUAGAUGGACAAAAGUGUUCAAGGGAGAGAACUCUAGUCUGACACCAGACUGGCUGGACGGAUAAAAGUGAACAGUCACGAAAGAUGGCCGAACGGAUAAAUGUGAACAGUGACUUUGUGAACUUGUAAUCUGUGAUUCAUUGUGAAUAAUCCGUAUUCAUUUAUUUUGCAAUCAAAAAAGUGAAUGUAAAAGUUAAGAUUUACUACAUUCUUACGACUCAAUAAAUUCAUGAACAUGCCAGUGUAUGUGUGUGGGCAUUUUUGUGAGGUUCUGUGCUAGUUAGCUUGAAUACGGUGUAUAUUUUGUAUAAUUCUUGUAUCACUGCCAUACUGUGUCUUCAGUUUCUGUACCUCUGUCUUUAGAUGAAGCUCUCGUGGCAAGGGACUAGGAAAGAAGGCAUGCAAAAGUAUGGAGCCUUUUUAGUUGACCAAGGUUCAUUGGUUUAAGAAUGCAUUUUUGUUUUAAACUGGUGCUAAUAUUUUUUUGGUUAUUCACCAUCACCAGCCUUAUGCUGGGGUGAUUCAUACUGUCAUGUAUUUUCUUUUGUGAUUUUAUCUGAUAUUAUUGAAGCUAGGUAUUGCAUGCCUGACACGUUUAGUUGCUCCGUAAACCCCACAGCAGCCCCAGUAAAACAUAGUGUAAAACCUGCACCUCAGCCCCAGUAAAUAUGUAAAACCUGCAUAGCCGCCCCAGUAAAACAUAGUGUAAAACCUGGACAGCCGCCCCAGUAAAACAUAGUGUAAAACCUGCACCUCAGCCCCAGUAAAACAUAGUGUAAAACCUGCACAGCCGCCCCAGUAAAACAUAGUGUAAAACCUGCACCUCAGCCCCAGUAAAACAUAGUGUAAAACCUGCACCUCAGCCCCAGUAAAACAUAGUGUAAAACCUGCACAGCCACCCCAGUAAAACAUAGUGUAAAACCUGCACAGCCACCCCAGUAAAACAGAGUGUAAAACCUGCACCUCAGCCCCAGUAAAACAUAGUGUUUAUAAAACCUGGACAGCAGCCACAGUAAAACAUAGUGUAAAACCUGCACAGCCGCCCCAGUAAAACAUAGUGUAAAACCUGCACAGCCGCCCCAGUAAAACAUAGUGUAAAACCUGCACAGCCGCCCCAGUAAAACAUAGUGUAAAACCUGCACAGCCGCCCCAGUAAAACAUAGUGUUUAUAAAACCUGGACAGCAGCCACAGUAAAACAUAGUGUAAAACCUGCACAGCCGCCCCAGUAAAACGUAGUGUUUAUAAAACCUGGACAGCAGCCCCAGUAAAACUUAGUGUACCGGGGUAAUACCUGCACCUCAGCUCCAGUAAGAAUCAGUUUGCUGUUGCACUGUUAAGUACUAAUCAUUAUUAGGGCCUACAUACACAGUGAUUCCACUUGGGUUUACCUGAGUAGUAUUGCAUUUGCAAAACAGACAAUUUAUUUAGAUAUACUUUGUAGUGCUGUGUUUUUGUACGACAAAUCCUCCACCUAAACCAUUUGAGAAAUAGUUUUCUGGCUGAUAACCGAUUUAUUAUUAUAGCUGAUUGAUUGGUACUAUAAAAUACAAUGAAUUCCUGGAAGAUAUGGUAUCUCGUGACACUGAAAAUGGUCGGAGGUACUUAACCUGAUAAUAUUGAUCUUGAUAUGAAAUAAAGAAUUUUAAAAUAUUUCCCAACUUAAUAUGAUCGUUCACAAAAAUAUUUUUAUUUUUUAUUCUUCACGUGACUGAUGCAAGACGGGGCUGCUGCUCUUUCCUCUGCAUGACGGUAGAUUAGUUGACACAUAACCAGGCAUUCCAUUAACUGCGGAGCUAGUAGCUUGUGUUACAGUAACGCUGAGACUUGAGAUGCUACUUGCUCAAGACUCGUUCCAGUCUGUGCAAUAUCCCGUUGUACCUCAUCAUCUGAGAUUGUUGUUACUCACGACGUUGUUCUGUAGUCACUGAGGAUAUUCAGGGUUGACAACACUGAGAUGUCAGAUUGAUCAUCAUUUAUUGAAGAAUCUUGAUAGUAAGAUGAUUUUGUCAUACACGAAAUGAUACUUUAAAACUCAACUCUUGCUGAUAGAGAUUCCUUUGUCAAGGGGACAAAUUAAAGACCAUCCGAAGUAUAUAAUAGAUUUGAGUUAAUUAAUGAAAAACUGACCACUAUGUAUCAGCAAGAAUAAUAGUUUACAAUUACAUUUCAAAUAAUUUUACAAUGCACCCAAUGUAUACCUGUAUUGUUUAGUAUCGAUACAUGACUUCAGAGUAUUGCAAUGCACCUGUCGUUAGGUAAAUCAGUACUCACUCAGCCAUAUCAUUAGUAGCCUCAUCCACAGGAAGAGAUUUAAAAAGUUGAAAAAGAUACAAAAUAAAUGUAUUUAAUUCUUUGAGGUCAAGUGAAAUAACCUACGGUAUUCAGUUCUGGAAUUAAGACAUUUAUUUGAUGAGUCUGCUGUCUCAGUGUAGCAUCCCCCCUGAGAAUGUCGUGGCAGUAUUAGACUGGAGGUGCAUCACCGAUGACUGUGGUGAUGUAUCACAGACUCCCCCCCCCCCCCCCAGCUUGUCUGAGGGGCGUGCUCAUCUCUAGCCAGUGUACGCAUCAUGUACAGACAGUACAGUAUUAGUGCAUAUGCACACAGGCCUAGAAGUACAAAUGAAUUCAGACUCUCUAGAAAUUAAUGAUCUAUGGAAAUCGAGUUAUUUGUGUUCAUUUAUUUGAAAACUGAUCAGGAGUAUCAUUAUGUUAGAGACAGCUUUCUUUAAUAUCUCAUCUUGCUGUCACAAUUGGAUAUGAAUAUGUGGCUUUAGAUCUACAAUAUUGUACUUCAUGAACACAUGUAUUGUGUUAUAAUCACUUCAUUUUCAAAAGAUAACUUUGGAAUUUGGUAGGAGAAUUUAUUGACAGUGUGUGAAGUAAUAGGGCCGAAGUAGUUCACGAUGUGUCCUUGGCUAGAGGGGAGACCACUCCUUGUCCCCUACAUUUCUCACCACUAUGUACAUUUGUGAAGUUCACAACCACUGAUGUUAUAACUGUUAUUCACCACCUAUGAUGUUAUAACUGCUAUCAACCACUGAUGUUAUCACAGUUACUCAACACUGUUAUGACUGUUGCCCACCACUGGUGUUACGACAGUUUUCAACAGUUAUAACUGUUAUAACUGUUAUUCACCACUAUUGUUAUUACAGUUAUACAACACCAUGUUAUAACUGUCAGCCACCACUGCGUUAUUACAGUUAUUCACCAUUGAUGUUAUAACUGUUAUUCAUCACUGAUGUUAUAACUGUUAUUCACCACUGAUGUUAUAACAGUUAUUCACCACUGGUGUUGUAACUGUUUUUCAUCAAAGAUAUGUUAUUCACUUAUAGAUCAUUGAUGUAACUGUUAUUUACUGUGGAUCUUAUGACAGUUAUUCACCACUGAUGUUAUAACAUCUGUAUAACCACUCCAUUGUACAUUUCCCAGUUUGUGUACAGCAUCAAGUGUACAUAACCUUUUACUCAUUGCUGACUAUGAACCAAAAGCGAAUAAUUUAUUGCGAGUAGUUCUUGCCGCCACUGCUGCCACACGGCAGUCAUGGCUGGGUGUGAGAGACGAAAGAUGAAAUGUGAAUAAAUUACUGAUAAAGA